GGUAUAAUCCCUGCUGAGUUGCUCUCUCUGCCCCUCAUUCACCACCCCAAUCCCAGCCAGUGCAGAACCCUAUGUGGGAGUGACACAGAGAAGACGCUGCACUCAGUCAGGGAACUGGGUUCGGACUGCAGUAGAACCAGUACCGCUCGUACCUCAUUGCCAGACCCCGGAGCCCCCAGAGGCGGCAGUACCAUGUGACUGGGAGGCUGAGGCUCGCAGGGUGUAAUUUCCUCCUACUCCAGCGCUACCUGACCGGAAUACUAAGCAGAGCGGAGCAGCGGGGAGAGGGAAGGAGACGCUGCAGAGAAGCCACAGUCAUUGCAGAAUCGGAAAAAGCCUGAGCCCUUCUGCAACAUGGAGAUCAAAGACCAAGGAGCACAAAUGGAACCCCUGCUGCCCACGAGAAAUGAUGAGGAGGCAGUGGUGGACAGAGGUGGAACUCGUUCUCUUCUGAAAACACAUUUUGAAAAAGAAGAUUUAGAAGGCCACAGAACAUUGUUCAUCGGAGUACAUGUUCCUCUUGGUGGGAGGAAAAGCCAUCGUCGUCACAGGCAUCGUGGACACAAACACAGGAAAAGAGAUAGGGAACGUGACUCUGGGCUAGAAGAUGGACGGGAAUCCCCUACCUACGACACACCAUCCCAAAGGGUCCAGUUCAUUCUUGGCACAGAGGAUGAUGAUGAAGAACACAUUCCCCAUGAUCUCUUCACUGAGCUGGAUGAGAUUUGCUUACGUGAAGGGGAUGAUGCAGAAUGGAGAGAGAUGGCAAGGUGGCUGAAGUUUGAAGAAGAUGUUGAAGAUGGUGGUGAAAGAUGGAGCAAGCCAUAUGUGGCCACACUGUCACUUCAUAGCUUAUUUGAGUUGAGGAGUUGUAUCCUACAUGGGACUGUUCUCCUGGACAUGAGAGCUAACACGUUAGAAGAAAUUGCAGAUAUGAUUCUUGACCAGCAAGUAGCCUCUGGGCAGCUAAGUGAAGAUGUCCGUCACAGAGUCCACGAGGCAUUACUGAAACAGCAUCACCAUCAAAAUCAGAAGAAAUUAAGCAAUAGAAUUCCAAUAGUCCGGUCAUUUGCCGAUAUCGGGAAAAAACAAUCAGAGCCACAUUCCAUGGAUAAAACUGGUCAGCUCGUGUCUCCGCAGUCUGCUCCCUCCUGCAUCGAACAUAAGAAUGAUGUGAGCAGAGAGAACAGCACCCUGGAUGUUACAAAGUUCGACUUACAUUUUAUGAAGAAGAUCCCUCCAGGAGCAGAAGCUUCCAAUAUCCUAGUUGGAGAACUGGAGUUUUUAGACCGAGCUAUCGUAGCCUUUGUUAGGCUUUCACCAGCAGUGCUGCUCUCGGGACUCACAGAAGUUCCUAUUCCUUCUAGGUUUUUAUUCAUACUUUUGGGACCGCUCGGGAAGGGACAGCAGUAUCAUGAGAUUGGAAGAUCAAUUGCGACUCUCAUGACAGAUGAGGUAUUUCAUGAUGUUGCUUACAAAGCUAAGGAUCGGAAUGACUUGGUUGCUGGGAUAGAUGAAUUUUUAGAUCAAGUCACUGUGCUUCCUCCAGGAGAGUGGGACCCUACUAUUCGAAUUGAGCCACCCAAGAAUGUGCCAUCUCAGGAAAAACGUAAAACUCCUGGGGUCCCAAAUGGGACAGCAGCAUUGGGCGAGCCAGAAGAACAUGGCGGCCAUAGUGGGCCAGAGUUAGAAAGAACUGGAAGGCUUUUUGGGGGACUGGUAUUAGAUGUCAAGAGGAAAGCUCCCUUCUUCUGGAGUGACUUCAAGGAUGCUUUCAGCUUACAAUGUUUGGCUUCAAUUUUGUUCCUUUACUGUGCUUGUAUGUCUCCUGUUAUCACGUUUGGAGGUCUUCUCGGAGAGGCAACUGAAGGUCGUAUAAGUGCAAUAGAAUCUCUGUUCGGAGCAUCAAUGACGGGGAUAGCCUUUUCCUUGUUCGGUGGACAGCCGCUAACAAUUUUGGGGAGCACAGGACCAGUACUAGUGUUUGAAAAAAUAUUAUUCAAGUUUUGCAAGGAUUAUGAUCUAUCGUACCUUUCGUUAAGGGCAAGCAUAGGUCUUUGGACAGCGUUUAAUUGCAUUUUCCUGGUCGCCACUGACGCAAGUUCUCUCGUGUGUUACAUUACCCGCUUUACAGAGGAAGCAUUUGCUGCUCUCAUCUGCAUCAUUUUCAUUUAUGAGGCCUUAGAAAAGCUGUUUCAUCUAGGUGAGACAUAUCCAAUCAACAUGAAUAAUAAUUUGGAACUUCUAACACAGUAUUCAUGUGGUUGCAUGGAACCAGAAAACCCCAGCAAUAAAACCCUGACUUAUUGGCAGUCAUCUAAUAUAACGGCUUCGGAAAUAUCUUGGAACAACCUAACUGUGGAUGCUUGCCAUAAAUUUCAUGGAGAUUUUGUCGGUAGAGCCUGCGGACAUGAAGGACCUUAUGUUCCUGAUGUGCUUUUCUGGUCGGUCAUCUUAUUCUUUGCAACUGUCAUAAUGUCAUCGACGCUGAAACAAUUCAAAACGAGCCGCUAUUUUCCAACAAAGGUGCGUUCCCACGUCAGUGACUUUGCUGUUUUUCUCACUAUUCUGACCAUGGUUUUAGUCGAUUUUUGCAUUGGAAUUCCAUCUCCCAAGCUGCAAGUCCCAAAUGAAUUCAAGCCCACAAGAGAUGAUCGUGGUUGGAUUGUUAACCCAUUAGGACGCAAUCCUUGGUGGACAGUGGUUGCUGCAAUCAUUCCAUCUUUACUAUGUACGAUUCUAAUCUUUAUGGACCAACAGAUUACUGCUGUCAUUAUCAACAGGAAAGAACACAAGUUAAAGAAAGGAUGCGGCUAUCACCUUGAUCUUUUGAUGGUGGGAAUCAUGCUCGGUGUAUGUUCUGUCAUGGGACUUCCGUGGUUUGUAGCUGCCACUGUCCUCUCCAUAACACAUGUCAACAGUCUGAAACUGGAGUCGGAGUGCUCAGCACCUGGAGAACAACCCAAGUUUUUGGGUAUCCGUGAGCAAAGAGUGACUGGGCUCAUGAUUUUUGUCCUAAUGGGCUCCUCUGUUUUCAUGACAAGGAUUUUGCAGUUUAUUCCCAUGCCAGUCCUCUAUGGAGUCUUUCUAUACAUGGGUUCCUCAUCACUAAAGGGAAUUCAGUUUUUCGAUCGGAUACUGCUCUACUGGAUGCCGGCAAAGCACCAGCCGGAUUUCAUCUACCUGAGACACGUUCCCCUCCGCAAGGUUCAUCUCUUUACCAUCAUUCAGCUGAGCUGUCUUAUACUUCUGUGGGUGAUUAAAGCUUCCCGGGCUGCCAUUGUGUUUCCAAUGAUGGUCUUAGCUUUGGUGUUUGUAAGGAAACUAAUGGACUUCUUUUUCACCAAACGGGAACUAAGCUGGCUCGAUGAUUUAAUGCCAGAAAGUAAGAAAAAGAAACUGGAAGAUGCUCAAAAAGAGGAAGAGCAAAGCAUGCUGGUAUUGGAAGAUGAGGUAACAGUGCAACUGCCACUUGAAGAGAAUUUCAGGGAGGACCCAUCAGCGAUAAACAUUUCUGAUGAGAUGGUAAAAACAUCUGUGUGGAAGACUCUGCUCAUAACUUCAGAGAGUUCAAAGAAUAAGGAAUCCAGCGUCCCCGCCAAAAGUUCUGAAAGCAAGAAAAAGAAAAAAGCCUCAGGGAAAGGAUUCGACAGGGAGACUUGUCUCUGACUUGCUCUUCAGUCUAUUUUUACAAGAAGAGGAGAAGAAUAAUCUUAUCGGUACUGGAUCGUUCAACUGGAAAUUGUCACAUCCUUUAGCAGUGCAAUAUAUUUCUAUUUUUGAAACAGAAGCAGUAGCCCCUUCACUGUCAGAGGAGUCAGCAAUAAAGUAUUUUAAUGCGGUGGCAGGGGCAUUAGGGAAGAGUGGUUUUAUUUUUUUGCAGAAUGCUCUAUGGAUCACAUAGCUACAGAUUUGCACAAAUGUUUUGUUCGCUUAUUUGCACUGCUACUGGCCAUAUCAGACUUAGAGAUUUAUCAAAGGUUGAAUUGGAAUUUCCUGACAUUUUCCCCAGCAGUUCUAAUUUAAUCACAUUUAUUAACCUUUUCCUGGAAUUUCUGUACAAUUUCCUAAUUUGCCCCACUGGCUUUUUCAUCAACGCGCGAGCAAUCAAAUUCUGAUGUUUUCUGGGGGGGGGGGGGGGGGGUCAUCUCAAAAUCUAGGCUGAAUUUAAUGUAAUACAAGUCUAUGGGGUAUUUGUCUGAAUUAGAAAAAAUGUCUGUUAUUACUGCUCAGUAGUGAUGGGCGAAAUAAUUCGGCAAAAAAUAGUUGACCGGCAUAACGAGUGUAAUGCAAGUGGGGCUUGG